UACCACAGGGGGCGCUGUAGCCGCGUCCACUCAGCAACACUGCAGUUGAAGGGUUGGCGGUUAGCUGGCAGCUCGAAGCGGGACCCUUGAAAACACAAACACCUCUACAUGAGGGCUUUUCAGCUCCGGUAGACUCUGUAAACCAUUUAUGUUUCAUUCAGCAGAAGUGUAUGGAUAGCCAGUUGUAAACAGUGUUAUGGUUAGCUUAACUGAGGUUCGGUUAGCAUUUGUUUGCACUCCUCCUUGAUGUAAAUUUAAGUAUCAAACAUCACGUUGUCUGUUAGCUGUUAACGAGCUCACAUUUAUUUACUCUACGUAGACUCUUUCCAGAUAACCUCUCACUGGACCUGCGUAGGUUCCGUUAGCUAGCUUAACAAGAGGACAACACUGAAAAACAUGCCUCCCAAGAGGCAGCAGCUGAGGCCGACAGCAGCCAACGUCUCCAGCUCCCUGGACCUGGAGUCUGAGGACAUCAGCCUGGAGACCACCGUGCCCACCACAGAGGAUGUCUCCUCCUCUGACGAGCAGCGGGACGGAUCCCAGAAAGUGACUCGACAGCUGAUCGAAAGGAAGGAGCUGCUGCACAACGUCCAGCUGCUGAAAAUCGAGCUUUCUCAGAAAAACCUGAUCAUAGACAACAUGAAGGCCGACCAUAUGUCGAAGAUUGAGGAGCUGGAGGAGAGGCUGAAUGAUGCUCUUCAUCAGAAACAAGUUUUGGCUCUGAGACUUGACAGCCAGCUGAAAGUGGCUCAAGAGGAGAACAGGAAGCAGCAGGCUCUGCGUAAGCAAGAGAUGGAGGCCAUCCUGCUCAGGCAGCAGCAGAUGGAGGAGACGAACAGACAGCUGUGUGAGAGAGCUGGAGAACUGCAGAGGUCCUUCAGAGAUUUGGACAUCACCCAGGAAAAAUACCAGGAGCUCCGUGACCUUCCUGAUGACAAAAUCUCCAUACAGGAAUAUGUAGCUAUGCGUUUCUAUCAGGUGGUGACUCCUCUGCGGACUCAGCUGGCUGAGCUCAGUGUGAAGAGAGGCAGUUUGACUGAUGAGCUGGAUACACACAGAGCCCAGAUGAAGGCUGUACUGGAGAGCUACGAGGAGGAGCGGCGGCUGCGCACCGAGCUGGAGCUGAGAAGCCAGAGACUCACCCUGGAACUAGCCGACACCAAACAGCAGAUCCAAGAAGGAGACUACCGCCGAGACAACUACCCGAGCGUCAAGCGAGAGCGUGACAACUUCGAAGCAGAGCUGAAGGAGUUAAAAAGGAGAUCUGAGAGCCUCGAGUUGUCUCAUGCUGCACUGAUCACGGAGAGGAACACACUCAGUAAAGAGGUGGCGACAUUGCAGCAGUCAGUGACUCUCCUGCAGAAGGACAAGGAGUACUUACACAGACAGAACAUGGAGCUGAGUGUCCGAUGUGCGCAUGAAGAAGACCGCCUGGAGAGGCUGCAGAAACAAUUAGAAGACACUAAGAAAGCAAGAGAGGAUGCCUACGAAAAAUAUGUGGCAUCCAGAGAUCAUUAUAAGUCAGAGUACGAGACUAAGUUGAGAGAUGAGCUGGAGAACAUCCGACUGAAAACAAGUCAGGAGAUAGACAACCUGCAGAGAACCUCCAGGGAGAUGUAUGAGAGGGAGAACAGGAACCUGCGUGAGGCCAGAGACAACGCUGUGCUUGAGAAGGACAGAGCCAUUGCUACUGAGAGAGACACUCAGUCCAGAUAUGACCAACUGCUGGAACAGUUUCGCCAGCUCCAGCUUGGUACGGACAACCGAGUAUCAGAGCUGUCCAACCAGGCCAAGCUGCACUCGUUCGAAGCUGAGCGCGCUCAAAUGGUCAAGGAUGAGACAGCCAAGGCCCUGGCUCAGUGCCAGGUGGAGAACGAGAAACAGCAGAAGAAACUGGAGCUCCUGACCCAGGAGUUUUACAGGCUGCAGAUGUCAUCAGAGAAGCGGGUGGCGGAGCUGCAAGCUCAGAAUGCCGAGCAGGCCGCUCGGCUCGUGACGUAUGAAAAACUCGAGCAAGAGUUGGACCAAGUCACCAUGCAGGCUGCCGAAAUUGAGAAUGAAGAUGAAGCAGAGAGAGUCCUGUUCUCGUACGGCUACGGAGCCAAUGUUCCCACAACAGCCAAAAGAAGACUAAAACAAAGCGUUCACCUGGCCCGCAGGGUGCUGCAGCUCGAGAGGCUGAACACGUCACUGAGGAGAGAGCUGGAUGCACACAAGUCACAGACUGGACAGAUAACUGAAGAGCUGUUGGCAGCCAACCAGCUGUUACAGCAGACGCAGCAGCCCCACAGCUACCUGAUCGAGACGGUGAGACAAAGAGACGCGCAGAUCACCACCCUAAAGGAACGUGUCACCUCGCUUGAGGACAAUACUAGUUCUCUGAGGAAAGAACGCACCGCUCUGCUGCAGGUGAAAAACAACAUGGCCGCUGAUUUGGAGAGACUCCUCAACCAUCGGGAGGAGUUGGCUGUAAUGAAACAAGUCCUGAUCAGCAUGAAGUCCAGACAAGGGGACGCUCUUAACCUCUUGGAAACAGAUAAAACCGGUAUCAGAACCUCUGGAGCAGGAAAACAGACGUUUAAACAUAUCAGCAGGACCACAGAGGAAGAGUCGCCCAGCAAACCCAAACCCACUGUGUUUACAAAAAAAGAAGUUCCUGCCUGGCACCAAAAGCUGCAGCAGAAACCCAAAUAAGGAGUUAUUUUUCUUACUACUAGUAGUGCUAUUUAUUUUCACUCAGGGCUUUAGCAAUAUUGAUCACCAUUUUUUUUGUGUAUUUUGUGUCUAUCAAGUCGUUUUCAAAUUGAAGUGUUUUAAAUAUACAUAAAAAUGAAACUGUUA